GCGGGAGCGGAAACGGCGGCACCUGGACAUGACCGCGACCCCACGGGCCCAGGCGACCCUGCAUUCCAGAGCUGGGCUGGAUUCCUGGACCAGCCCGCCGUUCAGGCCGCGGCGCCCAGCGACACGGCCGCCGCGUUGCCUGCCCAGCCGGUCUGCUUGCUCUCGCUCUUCGACAGCCUUGGCAUGACGCGCGUGGCGUUGGACGGACUCUUGCGGGACUUCCGCCAUCCUGGAUUAGCCCAGUCAGGCUUCGCCGAGGCUGACGCGACACUUGCCGCGGCGGUUGAGCGCAGCUGGGCCACCCAGGCUCGCCUCACAGGUACGACGCCUCACGUCAAGCUCGCUGGCGACAUCUGGGACCUCUUCCGCGGGGCGGACCCUCCGCUGGCCCGCUUCGGCCGGGGCUUCCCGCCAGGCAGCCUAGUGCUGGUGAUCGCCGGCACCCCUCCCCAGCAGCUGCAUGCCGCGGGCCCGCACCAAGGCCGCCAGGGCCUAUGCGGCGACGACUCGUACCUCUUCUGGACGAUACCGCUGGUUGUCUGGAGCCUGCAGGGCCUGCGGCCCGACUGUCACGUUCACGCCGUGGUGGAAAGUGCAGCCACCACCCACCCCCUCCAUAGGGCGGCGAUGACCAGGGCCCUCGGCGAUCUCGACGACGGUGGACACGUACUGGUGGUGGACUCCAGGGCGUGGGCUCCUUUCCCGCGGAGGCGCCUUUACCUCAGCACGCUGCCGAUCGUGCUGGAUCCCAGCUUCACGCCUGUCCGCCGGCCGGCUCCCUGGGAGGGCGGCUUCGCGCCCCACUGGGACGAUGGAGGUACUGCGCCGAUGACGCGUUCCACAGGGCUCGGGGAUCAGAUUCGGCACAGCACUCCCCAGUACCACCCGCGCACGAUGCUAUACGCGGCCGACGCGCCCUGGCGGCAGCUCACGCUGAACGACGUCGCGGCCCGAUUCCGCCGCAUCCUCCCCAGGCACCUCCUCCCCGCCUUCGGGCUCGUCCUGGGAGGGAGGUCGCUGGAGAACAACCUCGAGGCACAGAGAUUCGCUUGUUGGGUGGAGACCCACGGCGCAGCCCACGGGGUGAGGAUGCCCUCCCCCGCAGAGCGCGCGGCUGCCACGGGCCAUGGGCCCUAUCUCGCGGGGCUCGGACUGGAGGCCCGACAGUUGUUCGAUGCGGUCGGGAGCCAUUUGGACGUGACCGCCCUGCAGGUGCGGCUCCGCGGACCACUGCGCGAUUGGCUCCAGGGAAGGACAGGGCAUCCGCGGGCGUACCACGCGCCAGCCGCGUUGCUCUCCCAGUACCGCCGGCUUGCUGCGGACGUGGACGGCCUUCCUGGCCCACCCCGCCCCACGCGCGAGUGGCCUGUACCGCUCGACCUGGUCGGAGACAUGCUUGGCGCACGGCGACCCGCCCAGCGCCUGGCCGGACCUGAUGCGGAGCAUCCGCAGGACGGUCCUGCAUCCGCUCCGGCCGCCGCACCCGCGGUGCCCGCCGCAGCCGGUCUGCCGGCCCGCACGCGUGCUUGGGCAGCGGUCCGGGACAGGCUUGCGGUCGCUCUCGCUGCCGCUGGGGUGUCAGCGAGGGUCCGCUCGGCGAACGCCUUGUGGCUGCUCCUCCACAGGUCCCGGGUGCCGCCGGGCGCCACAUGGGGCCGCCUUUGCGAAGGCCGAGGCCUCUCGCAACUGUUGGCCGCGCUGCGCGAGGACCGCGCGGGCGCCGGCCUCCGCCUCGCCGCUUGGAACAUCAGGUGGCUGGUCGACCCCCACGCCACGAACAAUUCGGCCAAGCGCCGGAUGGUCCAGGGGUGGCUCGACGCUGGGCGCAUCGUCCUGCUCGGGGAGACGCACUGGGGCGCAGCAGAGCAGGCGCUGUGGGCAGCCCAGUUUCCGCCGGCCACGGUCCACUCUUCUCCGGCACAGGUUGGGCCAGGCGGCGGAGCUACCGGCGGCGUUGCCGUGCUGCUCCCGGCGACGCUGCAGGCGACGACCGUUACGGAGCUAGUGCCUGGGUGUGCAUUGGCCGUCCACACGAUCAUCGCCCGCUCCUUGGUCCGUUUCGUCUCCUUGUACUUGCCGCCGGGCGCACAGCGCGCCACCCUGGCGGCCGUGCGUGCGGCUCUUCCUGCAGCCCCCGAGGUGGCCACUUACCUCGGCGGCGAUGUGAACUUCCAGUUGCACGAGCCGCGGGACGGGGAGGAGGAGCUGGCUGCGGAAUUUCAUGCACUUCUCCACGCACACGGCCUCACCGCAGUCACUGGCGCCGCG